ACUGCGCACUCCAGUGCAUUAUAGCAAGAAAUCCCGAGACCUCGAUGAGGUAGCGACUGACCGACCUCUCGCCCUUGACUCUUCCGCCUGUAAGUUGGCUGGCUGUGGCGUACCGUGUCCCCUCGUUUCUUUCUCACCAAUCCCCAACCCGCAAAAGAGGCCAUGAUUACAACGCAGAGGAGUAUAUCGGGGUCGUCGCAGAGCCCUAGAUCCCCGUCUUCGCAACCGUACCUUUCGGUUUCGGUGACUGAUCCUGUGAAAUUGGGCAAUGGCGUCCAAGCCUAUAUCUCCUACCGUGUCAUCACUAAGACAAAUUUACCUGAGUACCAAGGCCCAGAGAAGAUUGUUAUUCGACGCUACAGUGAUUUUGUUUGGUUACACGAUCAUCUUUUUGAGAAGUACAAAGGAAUUUUUAUCCCUCCUCUUCCGGAGAAAAGUGCCGUAGAGAAGUUUCGUUUCAGUUCUGAAUUCAUUGAAAUGAGGUGUCAAGCUUUGGAUACAUUUGUUAAUCGCAUAGCUUCGCAUCGUGAGCUUCAACAAAGUGAGGAUCUGAGAACCUUCUUGCAGGCAGAUGAAGAGACAAUGGAGAGGUUAACGUCCCAAGAGACUGGUAUUUUUAAGAGGAAGCCAGCCGAUUUGAUGCAAAUCUUCAAGGAUGUUCAAUCUAGAGUGAGCGACGUCGUUCUCGGGAAGGAAAAACCAGUGGAAGAGUCAAAUCCUGAAUACGAGAAGCUAAAGCACUACAUCUUUGAGCUUGAGAACCACUUGGCUGAAGCUCAGAAGCAUGCAUAUCGUCUUGUGAAAAGGCAUAGAGAGUUGGGGCAAUCUUUGUCAGACUUUGGGAAGGCAGUGAAACUUCUUGGUGCUUGUGAAGGAAAUUCCCUAGGAAAGGCUUUUUCUGACCUUGGGACAAAAUCAGAGACGUUGUCAGUUAAGCUGCAAAAGGAGGCACACCAACUCUUGAUGAACUUUGAAGAGCCCUUGAAAGAUUAUGUACGCUCCGUGCAAUCGAUUAAGGCUACUAUAGCAGAGAGGGCCAAUGCCUUUAGGCGACAAUGUGAACUGGCUGAAACAAUAAAGUUAAAAGAGAUUAAUCUUAACAGACUCGUACUAGUACGUUCUGUUAAGGUGGGAGAAGCAGAAUUUGAGUAUAACCAGCUGAAGGCAGAGAGUGAGGAAGCAACAAGAAUGUUUGAGAAAAUUAUGCGACUGAUGAACGAAGAGAUUGUGCAUUUUCAGGAACAAAAAACUUUAGAUAUGGGGAUUGCUUUUCAGGAAUUUGCAAAAGGACAGGCGCGCCUGGCAAAUGGUAUUGCAACUGCUUGGCGAAGUCUUCUUCCUAAACUUGAAGCUUGUUCCUCCUCAUGAUGAAAUAAUUCCAAAAUCAGGGCCUUACGGAGUUAUCCAAGGUGAUUGCUAGUAAGCAGACCUAACCUACGCACUUGUUCACUUUGGUGGUUUUUUACCAUUGGCAGGGCCAACUCUUGUUAGGGAAAUACUUGAGCUUUUCGUGGUUGACUCCGCUGUUCUGGUGUUGUGCGAGAUUUUGAUUAUUCUCCAUUUUCAUUGGCUGUACAAAUUCAAAUUCAAAGCAAGUAGGAAAGCAGGUUAAUCUUCUCAAACAUCAGUUACAUAGAAGAACUUGAUGAUUUUUCUGUGUUUAUCUUACACUUACCGGAGCCAUUUUCCGUUUAGGGAUAUGCUUACAAGUGGGAUGUACUAUUUUCUUUUCAAAAAAAAAAAAAAAAAAUCCAUGAUACAAUUGUUUCCU